AUGACGGUGGAAAACUCAAGAUCUUAUCUUGGACUCCCUAUCUCGUGGGGUCGAUCAAAAGUGGCAGCACUUGCUUAUGUGAGGGAUAAAGUCGGAAAGAAAGUUCAUAUUUGGAAGAGAAAAUUUUUAUCGUUUGUUGGCUAUGAAAUUAUGAUUAAGUCAGUAAUUAAUGCUAUCCCUAUUUUUCUCAUGUAUUGUUUCAAAUUCCCUAAGAGGACUCGUGCUGAACUUAAUAGCCUUGUUGCUAACUUCUUUUGGGGACAAUUUGAUUUUAGAAACAGCAUUCAUUGGAGGGCAGGGGACAAACUUUGUGCUUCUAAACAUCAAGGAGGGAUUGACUUUCGGGAUUUCAUGAACUUCAAUGAUGCAUUGCUUGCUCAGAUGGUGUGGCGUUUGCUGAAUAACCCUCGUCAACAAUGGGUUCAAGCGCUCAAGGCAAUUCACUUCCUAUCUUGUUCUUUUUUGCAAGCAAGUCAUGGUUCUAAAGCUUCUUGGGCAUGGAGCAGCAUCUUGGCUAGGAGAGAAAUGCUACUUAAGGAUACUUGCUAUAGGGUGGGAUCUGGACAUGGCAUUAGGGUCCAGACUGAUCCUUGGAUACUAGGUUUGCCAAGUUUUAAAGCUUCUUAUUCGGAAGGUGUUCCUGUCGACAAACAUGGAAGUAGUUGA